AUGGAAAGUGUUAUCAAUCAUAUUAAGAGAAUGACCAGACUCAAAGGUUUUACAGUCACCCAAUCAUCUGACACUACUAUAACUGAAAAGUUCGAUUACUUUAUUAAUCAUCAUUUACUUUCGAUUAUUUCAAAUCUGGAGUCUCUUUUAUAUCUGGAAAUUGAUAUUUCAUAUAGACGGAAUUCUAAAUUAAAGUCAUACAUUAUUGAAGGGCUUGAAAGCAUACUUCAGAAAUGCCACAGACUUGCAGUUUUUUAUAUUUAUUGUUCACCACUUGAUCUUAAAAAAACUAUCAAACUACCAGUAGAUCCAGCACUGUAUGGUAAUCUCACUCAUCUCUGCCUUGGUUGUUCAUUCACACCAAUGACUUCAGCAAUUGGUAAUGCUUUAGCUAUCAGUAGCAAGAAAUAUCAACUAAAGCAUUUAUUCUUGGCUUGCGACACUACAGAAGAUGUUUUGAAAGAAAUGAAAGAGGGUCAUUCGGGUGGUUGGAAUGAAAAUGCGUUUAAAGUCAGUUUUAAUUAUUUUUUUGAUCAUUUAAGCAAUAUUCUCUCUACAGUACCUCCUCCCAGUGUAUCAAUACUAGUUGCUGAUCCUCCAACUGGUCCAAUAUAUGAGAGUACGAGUUACUUACUAACCUGUACAGCUACAGUAAACACUACAAUAGUGGAUACACCAGUAACUGCUAGUGUAGUAUGGACUGAUCCUAGUGGUAAUGUAAUACCAACUAAUGAAGCAAGACGUCAAGUGAUACCUCCAACUGGUAACAGUCUUGUAAGCAUGCUAUUGUUUCAACCUAUUGAUACUGGCCUUAAUAAUGAUGGAGGAACAUAUACCUGUCAAAUGAUUGUCAAUUCUGGUAACUCAUUAAUAGUAUCAAAUCAAGCCAGUACUACUCAUGAUGUUAUUGUUCAAAGUCUUCCUCCAGUGACAGUAAAUUUCUCAUCAGUUGGUUCAGUUGAAGUUGGUCAGAGUCUAACUAUAACAUGUACCAUAACAACAGUUGAGAGAUUAGUAGUAACACCAAUGAUUACUUUCAUCAAAAUGAAUGAGACAGAUUUUGAGUUCCUCUCUAACUUAAGCUAUACAACAGAUGAUACUGGUUCAAUUACUAACUAUACUCUAAUACUGGAUCCAGUGAGGUUUGAAGAUGCUGGAAUGUAUAUAUACAUGUAUGGCUGAGUUUAAUGUAACUGGUUUUAAUAAUACCAAUGAUCCUAGCACUGCUACUUAUGAUUAUCAAGAGGAUAGUGACAAUUUUAUUUUGACCUUUGACAGUAAGUCAACUAUUAUGCUAUGCUCUACUUAAGUGUGUAAACUGUAUGCAUUUAUUCAUAAGCUUA